AUGGCUGAGGGGGAAGGAGAGGACGAUGUGCAGUUCCUGCGGACGGAUGACGAGGUGGUCCUGCAGUGCACCACGACGCUGCUGAAGGAGCAGCUCAAGCUCUGCCUGUCGGUCGAGGGCUUUGGGAACCGCCUGUGCUCCCUGGAGCCCACCUCCAACGCACAGAAUGUGCCCCCCGACCUGGCCGUGUGCUGCUUCGUGCUGGAGCAGUCGCUGUCGGUGCGGGCGCUGCAGGAGAUGCUGGCCAACAGCUCCGACAUCGGCAGCGAGUCCUCUCAGGGCGGGGGACACCGGACGCUGCUCUACGGCCACGCCAUCCUGCUGAGGCACUCGCACAGCGGCAUGUACCUGUGCUGCCUGACCACGUCCCGCUCGGUCACCGACAAGCUGGCCUUCGACGUGGGGCUGCAGAAGGAUGCGGCGGGUGAGGCGUGCUGGUGGACGAUGCACCCGGCAUCCAAACAGCGCUCGGAGGGGGAGAAGGUUCGGGUGGGAGACGACCUGAUCCUGGUCAGCGUGUCCUCGGAGAGAUACCUGCACCUCUCCACGGCCUCGGGGGAGCUGCAGGUGGACGCCUCCUUCAUGCAGACCCUGUGGAACAUGAACCCCAUCUGCUCGGGCUCUGAGGAAGGGUUUGUCACUGGCGGCCACGUCCUGCGCCUGUUCCACGGCCACAUGGACGAGUGCCUGACGCCCACGGCCCCCGAGCAGGGCGAGGAGCGCAGCGUUGUCAACUACGAGGGUGGCGCCGUGUGCGCCCACGCCCGGUCCCUGUGGCGCCUGGAGCCCCUGCGCAUCAGCUGGAGCGGGAGCCACCUGCGUUGGGGACAGCCCUUCCGCCUGCGCCACGUCACCACCGGCCGCUACCUGGCGCUGACCGAGGCCACCGGGCUGGCCAUGGUGGAGGCCACGGCGGCCAACACGCGCGUGGCCACCUUCUGCUUCCGGGCCUCCAAGGAGAAGCUGGAGACGCCCCCCAAGCGGGACAUCGAGGGCAUGGGGCCCCCCGAGAUCAAGUACGGGGAGUCGCUGUGCUUCCUGCAGCACAGCAGCAGCGGCCUCUGGGUCACCUACGCUGCCCCCGACCCCAAGGCCCUGCGCCUCGGGCUGCUCAAGAGGAAGGCCAUCCUGCACCAGGAGGGGCACAUGGAUGAUGCUCUGACCCUGAGCCGCUCCCAGCGCCAGGAGUCGCAGGCGGCUCGGAUGGUCUUCAGCACCACGGGGCUCUAUGGGGCCUUCAUCAGGAGCCUGGACAGCCUCCAGGGCCGCCCCCGGGGGUCGCCGCCGCCCCCCCUGCCCAUCGCGGGCGUGAUCCUGAGCCUGCGGGACCUGAUCGGGUACCUGGAGCCGCCGCCGCCCGAGCUGCGGCACGAGCAGCGCCAGGGCCGCCUGAGGGCGCUGCGGGCCCGCCAGAGCCUCUUCCAGCAGGAGGGGAUGCUGACGCUGGUGCUGAGCUGCAUCGACCGCCUGAGCGCCUACAGCACGGCGGCGCAGUUCGGGGAGGCCGCGGGCGAGGAGGCGGCGGCGGCCUGGAAGGAGAUCGUGAACCUGCUCUACGAGCUGCUGGCGUCGCUGAUCCGGGGGAACCGAGCCAACUGCGCGCUCUUCUCCACCAACCUGGACUGGCUGGUCAGCAAACUGGACAGGCUGGAGGCCUCCUCGGGCAUCCUGGAGGUUCUGUACUGCGUGCUGAUCGAGAGCCCCGAGGUGCUGAACAUCAUCCAGGAGAAUCACAUCAAAUCCAUCAUCAGCCUGCUGGACAAGCACGGCCGCAACCACAAGGUGCUGGACGUGCUGUGCUCGCUGUGCGUCUGCAACGCCGUCGCCGUGCGCUCCAACCAGAACCUGAUCACCGAGAACCUGCUGCCGCGGCGGGACCUGCUGCUGCAGACCGGCCUGGUCAACUACGUCACCAGCGUGCGCCCCAACCUGUUUGUGGGCACGGCUCCCGGCUCCACGCAGUUCCGCUGCUGGUACUUCGAGGUGGCCGUGGAGCGCGCCCAGCCCUUCGUCACGGCCGUGCCCACCCACCUGCGCGUGGGCUGGGGGGCGGCCGGGGGCUUCCGGCCCGCCCCGGGCGGGGGCGCGGGCUGGGGCGGCAACGGCGCCGGGGACGACCUCAACUCCUUCGCCUUCGACGGCCUCCACCUGUGGACAGGGGGUGUCCCCAAGGCCGUGGGGUCGCCCCAACGCCGCGCCCUGGCCGAAGGGGACGUGGUCAGCUGCUGCCUGGACCUGGGGGUCCCCAGCGCCUCCUUCCGCCUCAACGGGGCCCCGGUGCAGGGGGUGCUCGAGGGCUUCAACCUGGACACGCUGUUCAGCCCCGUGGCCAGCUUCUCGGCGGGGGUCCGGCUGCGGUUCCUGCUGGGGGGCCGGCACGGCGAGUUCCGUUUCGUGCCCCCUCCCGGCUACGCGCCCUGUGCCGAGGCGCUGCUGCCCCGGGAGCGGCUGCGGCUGGAGCCGCUCACCGCCUACCGCGGCUCGGCCCCGCCCGGCGCCCGCAGCCUGCUGGGGCCCAGCCGCGCCCUGCCCCACACCGCCUUCACCCCCUGCCCCGUGGACACCUGCCAGAUCGUGCUGCCCCCGCACCUGGAGCGCAUCCGGGAGAAGCUGGCGGAGAACAUCCACGAGCUCUGGGCGCUGACCCGCAUCGAGCAGGGCUGGACCUACGGGCCGGUCCGAGAUGACGUGCAGCGCCUGCACCCCUGCCUGCUGAGCUUCCACAGCCUCCCCGAGCCCGAGCGCGGCUACAACCUGCAGAUGUCGGGGGAGACCCUCAAGACGCUGCUGGCCCUGGGCUGCCACGUGGGGAUGGCGGACGAGAAGGCCGAGGAGAACCUGAAGAAAAUCAAACUGCCCAAAACGUACACCAUGUCCAACGGGUACAAGCCGGCCCCUCUGGACCUGUCCCACGUGCGCCUGACGCCGGCCCAGCUGACCCUGGUGGAUCGGCUGGCCGAGAACGGCCACAACGUCUGGGCCCGGGACCGCGUGCAGCAGGGCUGGACCUACAGCACCACGCAGGACAUCAAGAACAAGCGGAACCCCCGGCUGGUGCCCUACAACCUGCUGGACGAGGGCACCAAGGCCACCAACCGCGAGAGCCUGUGCCAGGCCGUGCGGACCCUGCUGGGCUACGGCUACAACAUCGAGCCCCCCGACCAGGAGACGCCCUCACAGGGUGCAGUUCCCGGGGGUCCCCGCGCCCCCCGGCCGCGGCUGUUCCGCGCCGAUCGGGGCUCGGCCGUGCGCAGCGGCCGCUGGUACUUCGAGUUCCAGGCGGUGACGGCCGGGGAGAUGCGCGUGGGCUGGGCCCGGCCGGGGCUGAGGCCCGACACCGAGCUGGGCGCUGACGACAUGGCCUUCGUCUUCAACGGGCACCGGGCCCAGCGGUGGCACGUUGGGGGCGAGUCCUUUGGGCGCCCCUGGCAGCCUGGGGACGUGGUCGGCUGCCUCAUCGACCUGGGCGAGUGCCACAUGAGCUUCACCCUCAACGGGGAGGUGCUGAUCGGGGACGGCGGCUCCGAGGUGGCCUUCAGGGACUUCGAGGUGGCCGACGGCUUUGUGCCCGUGUGCAGCCUGGGGCUGGGCCAGGAGGGGCACCUGAACCUGGGCCAGGACGUGGGCACCCUGCGCUACUUCGGCAUCUGCGGCCUCCAGGAGGGCUACGAGCCCUUCGCCAUCAACAUGAAACGGCCGAUUGCCCUCUGGUUCAGCCACAGCCUGCCCCAGUUCAUCCCUGUGCCCCCUGACCAUCCCCAGCUCGAGGUGACCCGCCUGGACGGCACCGUGGACACCCCGCCGUGCCUCCGCCUGUCGCACCGCAGCUCCGGGACGCCCGCGGCCCCUCCGGAGCUGCUGUUCCUGCGGCUGAGCCUGCCCGUGCAGUUCCACAGCACGUUCCGCUGCACGCCCGGCGCCACCCCGCUGCCGCAGGCGCCGCCCCCGGAGCCCCCCGAGGAGGCGGCCGCGGAGCCGCUGUCCGAGUUCGAGCGGCUGCGGCGCUCGGCCGGGCCCCGCAGCAACGACGGCGACGAGGGAGCCGAGAAGGGAGCGCCGGGGGCGGCGCCCGGGGCGGCCGCCGGGGCUGGGGCCGGGGCCGCGGGCCGGGAGCCGCCGCGGGGAGAGAACGAGAAGGACGCGACCACCGAGAAGAGCAAGACCAGGAGGGGGUUCCUGUUCAAGGGCCGGAAGACGCCGUUCGCGCCCCCCCCCGCGCCCCCUCCCGUGCCCAGGCUGGAGGAGGACGUGGUGCCCGACGAGCGCGACGACCCCGAGGUCAUCAUGAACACCACCACGUACUAUUACUCGGUGCGCCUGUUUGCGGGCCAGGAGCCGGGCAGUGCCUGGGUGGGCUGGGUCACCCCCCAUUUCCACCAGCACGACCCCGAUUUCGAGCUGAGCCGCGUGCGCAGCGUCACCGUCACCAUGGGCGACGACCGCGGCAACGUGCACGACAGCAUCAAGCGCAGCAACUGCUACAUGGUGUGGGGGGGGGAGUUUGCGACCCCCACCCAGCAGGCCAGGGUGUCCCACACUGACCUGGUCAUCGGCUGCCUGGUGGACCUGGCCACGGGGCUCAUGACCUUCACAGCCAACGGCAAAGAGAUCAACACCUUCUUCCAGGUGGAGCCCAACACCAAACUGUUCCCGGCGGUGUUCGUGCAGCCCACCACCCAAAAUGUGCUCCAGUUUGAGCUGGGCAAGCUCAAGAACAUCAUGCCCAUCUCGGCGGCCAUGUUCAGCAGCGAGAGGCAGAACCCGGCGCCGCAGUGCCCGCCCAGGCUGGUGAUCCAGCACCUGACCCCGGUCACCUGGAGCCGCAUGCCCACCGAGUACCUGGCCGUGGAGAGCGCCCGGCUGGGCGAGCGCCAGGGCUGGGCCGUGGAGUGCUCCGAGCCCCUGCAGAUGAUGGCCCUGCACAUCCCCGAGGAGGACAGGUGCAUCGACAUCCUGGAGCUGUGGGAGCGCGAGGAGCUGCUGCAGUUCCAGUGCCACACGCUGCGCCUCUACUGCGCCGUGUGCGCGCUGGGCAACAACCGCGUGGCGCACGCGCUCUGCAGCCACGUGGACCAGGCGCAGCUGCUCUUCGCCAUCGAGAGCCCCGAGCUGCCGGGGCCGCUGCGCGCCGGCUACUACGACCUGCUGCUGGCCAUGCACCUGGACGCGGCGCAGCGCGCCCGCUCCUCCAUGAGCGCCGAGUUCAUCGUGCCCAUCACCGAGGCCACGCGCGCCAUCGCGCUCUUCCCCGACGGAGGCCGCUGCCCGGGGCCCCCGGGCGUGGGGCCCAGCGCCUGCCUGAGACCCCAGCCCCAUUUCUCGGAGCCGUGCUUCAUCCGGGCGGGGGGCGGCGGAGGGCGGGCGCCGCUCAGCCCGGCCAUCCCGCUGGACGAGCUGGGGGCCAAGGCCAUGCGCAUGCUGGCCGAGGCCGUGGCCGGAGGGGGGCCCCACGCCCGGGACCCCGUGGGGGGCAGCGUGGAGUUCCAGCUGGUGCCCGUGCUCAAGCUGGUGUCGGCGCUGCUGGCCGUGGGGGCGCUGGGCGACGACGACGUGCGGCGAGUGCUGCGCAUGAUCGAGCCCCGCGUGUUCGGCGAGGGACGGCGGGAGGAAGGAGAGGAGGAGGAGAAGGAGGAGGAGGAGGAGGAGGUGAAGGCCAUCGAGGCUGGCGAGGAGGAGGAGGAUGAGGAAGCGAGGAGGAAAAAGGCCGUGGAGGCUGGAGAGGAGGAGGAGGAAGAGGAAGAGGAGGAGGGAGUGAGGAGGAGGAAGGCCAUCGAGGCUGGAGAGCUGCAGGCGGAGGAGGAGGAUGAGGAGGAGGCCAGGAGGACGAAGGCCAUUGAGGCUGGGGAGGUGCAGGAGGAGGAGGAGGAGAAGGAGGAAGAGGAAGAGCUGGAGGAGGGGCUGCUGCAGAUGAAGCUGCCGGAGUCGGUCAAGCUACAGAUGUGCCACCUGCUGCAGCACCUGUGCGAGCGGGAGCUGCAGCACCGCGUCGAGGCCAUCGUGGCGUUCUCGGAGCGCCACGUGCAGCGGCUGCAGCGGGACCAGCGGCGCCGCUACGGGCGCCUGAUGCGCGCCCUGACCAUGUCGGCGGCAGAGACCGCCCGGCGCACCCGCGAGUUCCGCUCGCCGCCGCAGGAGCAGAUCAACAUGCUGAUGCAGUACAAGGGAGGGGCUGAGGAUGAGGAGUGUCCCGUGCCUGGGGACAUCCGGGACGAGCUGCUCGACUUCCACAAUGACCUGCUGGCCCACUGCGGCAUCGAGCUGACCGAGGAGGAAGAGGAGGAGGAGGAGGAGACGUCGCUGCGGCAGCGGCUGCUGGGGCUGGUGCAGAAGGUGGUGGGGGUCCGGGGCCCCCCCAAGGAGGAGGAGACGCCCCCCGAGGAGCCCCCGGUGCCCAGCACGCUGCAGGAGCUGAUCUCGCAGACCAUGGUGCACUGGGUCACUGUGUCCCCAUUGUCCCCAAUGUCCCCAAUGUCCCCGCUGUCCCCAGGCACGCUGCAGGAGCUGAUCUCACAGACCAUGGGCACAGGAAUCACUGUGUCCCCACUGUCCCCAAUGUCCCCGCUGUCCCCAGGCACGCUGCAGGAGCUGAUCUCGCAGACCAUGGUGCACUGGGUCACUGUGUCCCCAAUGUCCCCGUUGUCCCCAAUGUCCCCGUUGUCCCCGCUGUCCCCAGGCACGCUGCAGGAGCUGAUCUCGCAGACCAUGGUGCACUGGGUCACGCUGCAGGAGCUGAUCUCGCAGACCAUGGGACAGACCUGUGUCCCCAAUGUCCCUCCCAAUGUCCCCGUGUCCCCGCUGUCCCCAGGCACGCUGCAGGAGCUGAUCUCGCAGACCAUGGUGCACUGGGUCACUGUGUCCCCAAUGUCCCCAUUGUCCCCAAUGUCCCCAGGCACGCUGCAGGAGCUGAUCUCGCAGACCAUGGUGCACUGCACGCUGCAGGAGCUGAUCUCGCAGACCAUGGUGCACUGGGUCACGCCCAUUGUCCCCAAUGUCCCUGUGUCCCCGCUGCCCAGCACGCUGCAGGAGCUGAUCUCGCAGACCAUGGUGCACUGGGUCACUGUGUCCCCAAAUGCCCCAGUGUCCGCCAUGUCCCAGGGACGCUGCAGGCAGCUGAUCUCGCAGACCAUGGUGCACUGGGCGCAGGAAUCACUUCCCCGUGUCCCCGCUGUCCCGGCCCUGCAGGAGCUGAUCUCGCAGACCAUGGUGCACUGGGCGCAGGAGUCGUUCAUCCAGAGCCCGGCGCUGGUGCGGGCCAUGUUCAUCCUGUGCCCGCCAGUGACGCCUGGGCAGCUGGGCCGUCGUGCCCAGGCCUUUGCCAUCAUGGUCCACCUGUGCCCGAACAUCAUGAACAACAAGGUGUUCUACCAGCACCCCAACCUGAUGCGGGCCCUGGGCAUGCACGAGACCGUGAUGCAGGUGAUGGUCAGCGUGCUGGGCGGUGGCGAGUCCAAGGAGAUCCGGUUCCCCAAGAUGGUGACCAACUGCUGCCGCUUCCUCUGCUACUUCUGCCGCAUCAGCCGCCAGAACCAGCGCUCCAUGUUCGACCACCUGGGCUACCUGCUGGAGAACAGUGGAAUUGGGCUGGGCAUGCAGGGCUCCACCCCCCUGGACGUGGCGGCCGCCUCUGUCAUCGACAACAACGAGCUGGCGCUGGCCCUCAAGGAGCAGGACCUGGAGAAGGUGGUGACGUACCUGGCGAGCUGUGGCCUGCAGAGCUGCCCCAUGCUGCUGGCCAAGGGUUACCCCGACAUCGGCUGGAACCCCUGCGGGGGUGAGAAGUACCUGGACUUCCUGCGCUUCGCCGUCUUUGUCAACGGGGAGAGCGUGGAGGAGAACGCCAACGUGGUGGUGCGGCUGCUGAUCCGGCGUCCCGAGUGCUUCGGGCCGGCGCUGCGGGGCGAGGGCGGCUCGGGGCUGCUGGCGGCCAUCCAGGAUGCCCUGAGCAUCGCCCAGGACCCCGCCCGGGACGGGCCCAGCGGCCGCAGGGAGAGGAGGCCGUUCGGGCCCGAGGAGCCCCCCGAGGAGAACCGGGUGCACCUGGGCCACGCCAUCAUGUCCUUCUACGCCGCCCUCAUCGACCUGCUGGGCCGCUGCGCCCCCGAGAUGCACCUGAUCCAGGCGGGGAAGGGGGAGGCCCUGCGGAUCCGGGCCAUCCUGCGCUCGCUCGUCCCGCUCGAGGACCUGGUGGGGAUCAUCAGCCUCCCCCUGCAGAUCCCGGCGCUGGGAAAAGAUGGGAACGUGGUGGAGCCCCGCAUGGCCGCCAGCUUCGUCCCCGAGCACAAGGCGCCCAUGGUGCUGUUCCUGGACCGCGUUUAUGGGGUGCAGAACCAGGAGUUCCUGCUCCACGUGCUGGAAGUGGGGUUCCUGCCCGACAUGCGCGCGGCCGCCUCGCUGGACACGGCCACGUUCAGCACGACGGAGAUGGCGCUGGCGCUGAACCGGUACCUGUGCCUGGCGGUGAUGCCGCUCAUCACCAAGUGCGCGCCGCUGUUCGCGGGCACCGAGCACCGCGCCAUCAUGGUGGACUCCAUGCUGCACACCAUCUACCGCCUGUCGCGCGGCCGCGCCCUCACCAAGGCCCAGCGCGACGCCAUCGAGGAGUGCCUCAUGGCCCUCUGCAGGUACAUCCGCCCCUCGAUGCUGCAGCACCUCCUGCGCCGCCUCGUCUUCGACGUGCCCAUCCUCAACGAGUUUGCCAAGAUGCCCCUCAAGCUGCUGACCAACCACUACGAGCGCUGCUGGCGGUACUACUGCCUGCCCAGCGGCUGGCCCAACAUGGGCGUCAGCUCCGAGGAGGAGCUGCACCUCACCAGGAAGCUCUUCUGGGGCAUCUUCGACUCCCUGGCGCACAAGAAGUUCGAGGCCGAGCUCUACAAGCUGGCCAUGCCGUGCCUCUGCGCCAUCGCCGGCGCGCUCCCGCCCGACUACGUGGACGCCAGCUACUCGUCCCGCACCGAGAAGAAGGCCUCGGUGGACGCCGAGGGCAACUUCGACCCCAAACCCGUCGAGACCCUCAAUGUCAUCAUCCCCGAGAAGCUCGACGGUUUCAUCAACAAAUACGCCGAGUACACGCACGAGAAGUGGGCCUUCGACAAGAUCCAGAACAAUUGGACUUUUGGGGAGACCGUGGACGAAGAAGCCAAAACCCACCCGAUGCUGAGACCCUACAAAACCUUUUCUGAGAAGGACAAGGAGAUUUACCGGUGGCCCAUCAAGGAGUCCCUCAAGGCCAUGCUGGCCUGGGAGUGGACGGUGGAGAAGGCGCGGGAAGGGGAGGACGAGCGCACGGAGAAGAAGAAAACGCGAAAAAUCUCCCAAAACGCCCAGGCCACCUACGACCCCUCCCAUGGGUACAGCCCCCAGCCCGUGGACCUGAGCGGGGUCACUCUGUCCAGGGAGCUGCAGGCCAUGGCGGAGCAGUUGGCUGAGAACUACCACAACACCUGGGGCCGCAAGAAGAAGCUGGAGCUGGAGGCCAAGGGAGGGGGCUCCCACCCGCUGCUGGUGCCCUACGACACGCUGACGGCCAAGGAGAAGGCGCGGGACCGCGAGAAGGCCCAGGAGCUGCUCAAGUUCCUGCAGCUGCACGGAUACGCCGUGACCCGGGGGCUCAAGGACAUGGAGCUGGACACGUCGUCCAUUGAGAAACGCUUCGCCUUCGGCUUCCUGCAGCAGCUGCUGCGCUGGAUGGACAUCGCCCAGGAGUUCAUUGCGCACCUGGAGGCCGUGGUCAGCAGCGGGAGGGUGGAGAAAUCCCCCCACGAGCAGGAGAUCAAGUUCUUCGCCAAGAUCCUGCUGCCCCUCAUCAACCAGUACUUCCACAACCACUGCCUCUAUUUCCUGUCCACGCCGGCCCAGGUGCUGGGCAGCGGCGGCCACGCCUCCAACAAGGAGAAGGAGAUGAUCACCAGCCUGUUCUGCAAACUGGCCGCGCUCGUCCGGCAUCGCGUGUCCCUGUUCGGCACAGACGCCCCGGCCGUGGUGAACUGCCUGCUCAUCCUGGCACGGUCCCUGGACGCCAGGACGGUGAUGAAGUCGGGCCCCGAGAUCGUCAAGGCCGGGCUGCGCUCGUUCUUCGAGUCGGCGGCCGAGGACAUGGAGAAGUUGGGGGAGCAGCUGCGGCUGGGCCGGGGGACCCCGACCCGCGCCCCCACCAAGGGCGUGGCCCAGAACGUCACCUACACCUCGGUGGCACUGCUGCCCGUGCUCACCGCGCUGUUCGAGCACCUGGCACAGCACCAGUUCGGGGACGACGUCAUCUUGGACGAUGUGCAGGUGUCCUGUUACCGCAUCCUGUGCAGCAUCUACAGCCUGGGCACCGCCCGCGGGCCCCUCGUGGACAGGCAGAGGCCGGCCCUGGGCGAGUGCCUGGCCCGCCUGGCCGCCGCCAUGCCCGUGGCCUUCCUGGAGCCGCAGCUGAACCACCUGAACCCCAGCUCCGUGUACAGCACCAAGAGCGCCCGCGAGCGCGCCCUGCUGGGCCUCCCGUCCCGCGUCGAGGAGCUGUGCCCGGACCUGCCGGACCUGGAGCGCCUCAUGGGCGACAUCGGCGGCCUGGCGGACUCGGGCGCGCGCUACACGGAGAUGCCGCACGUCAUCGAGGUGACGCUGCCCAUGCUGUGCCACUACCUGCCCCGCUGGUGGGAGCGCGGCCCCGACGCCGCCCCCCAGGGCCCCUGGGCCACCGAGGUCACCGCGCAGCACCUCAAUGCCCUGCUGGGCCACAUCCUGCGCAUCGUGGUCAACAACCUGGGCAUCGACGAGGCCUCCUGGAUGAAGAGGCUGGCGGUUUUCGCCCAGCCCAUCGUGAGCAAGGCGCGGCCGGAGCUGCUGCGCUCCCACUUCAUCCCCACGCUGGGGCGGCUGCGCAAGCGCGCGGGGAAGGUGGUGGCCGAGGAGGAGCAGCUGCGGCUCGAGGGCAAGGCCGAGGCCGAGGACGCCGAGCUGCUGAUCCGCGACGAGUUCUCGGUGCUGUGCCGCGACCUCUACGCGCUCUACCCGCUGCUCAUCCGCUACGUGGACAACAGCCGGGCCAAGUGGCUGACGGAGCCCAACGAGGACGCCGAGGAGCUGUUCCGCAUGGUGGGCGAGGUCUUCAUCUACUGGUCCAAGUCCCACAACUUCAAGCGUGAGGAGCAGAACUUCGUGGUGCAGAACGAGAUCAACAACAUGUCCUUCCUGACGGCCGACAGCAAGAGCAAGAUGGCCAAGUCUGGAGAUGGACAGGGUGGUGGCUCGGAGCAGGAGCGCUCCAAGAAGCGCCGCCGCGGGGACCGCUACUCGGUGCACACCUCGCUCAUCGUGGCCACCCUCAAGAAGAUGCUGCCCAUCGGCCUCAACAUGUGCUCACCUGCUGACCAGGAGCUGAUCGCGCUGGCCAAGGGCCGCUACGCCCUGAAAGACACGGACGAGGAGGUUCGGGAGUUCCUGCACAACAACCUGCACCUGCAGGACAAGGUGGAGAACACGGGCUCGGCCCGCUGGCAGAUGGCCCUGGUGCGCCAGGCCGGGCGGGACGAGGACCCCGACAGCCCCGAGCAGGUCGUGCGCAGGGUGCAGGAGGUGUCGGCCGUGCUCUACCACCUCGAGCAGACAGAGCACCCCUACAAGUCCAAGAAGGCCGUGUGGCACAAGCUCCUGUCCAAGCAGCGCCGCCGCGCCGUCGUCGCCUGCUUCCGCAUGACGCCCCUGUACAACCUGCCCAGGCACCGGGCCUGUAACAUGUUCCUCGAGUCCUACCGGCUCUCGUGGCUGGCCCGGGAGCAGCCGCCCUUCGAGGACCGAAUGAUCGACGACCUCUCGAAGUCGGGGCGGGAGGAGGAGGAGGAGGAGGAAGAGGCGGAGGCGCGGCCGGACCCGCUGCACCAGCUGAUCCUGCACUUCAGCCGCACCGCGCUCACCGAGCAGAGCCACCUGGAGCAGGAUCACCUGUACAUGGCCUACGCCGGCAUCAUGGCCAAGAGCUGCCACAUCGAGGAGGGGGAGGAGGAAGAGAAGGAGGAAGAGGAGAAGGAAGAGGAAGAAGCCGAGGAUUCCUUUGAGGAGAAGGAGAUGGAGAAGCAGAAGCUGCUGUCGCAGCAGGCCCGGCUGCACACGCGGGGAGCGGCCGAGAUGGUGCUGCAGAUGAUCAGCGCCUGCAAGGGUGAGCGGGGGGCCAUGGUCUCCUCCACGCUCAAGUUGGGCAUCUCCAUCCUCAACGGGGGCAACGCCGACGUGCAGCAGAAGAUGCUGGAGUACCUCAAGUCCAAGCGCGAGGUCGGCUUCUUCCAGAGCGUGCAGGCGCUGAUGCAAACCUGCAGUGUCCUGGACCUGAACGCCUUCGAGCGGCAGAACAAGGCCGAGGGGCUGGGCAUGGUCACCGAGGAGGGCACCAUCAUCAGCCGGGAGAACGGGGAGAAGGUGAUGUCGGAUGAUGAAUUCACCCAGGACCUGUUCCGGCUGCUGCAGCUGCUCUGCGAGGGCCACAACAACGACUUCCAGAACUACCUGAGGACGCAGACGGGGAACACGACCACCAUCAACAUCAUCAUCUGCACCGUGGAUUACCUGCUGCGCCUGCAGGAGUCCAUCAGUGACUUCUACUGGUACUACUCGGGCAAGGACGUCAUUGACGAGCAGGGCAAGAGGAAUUUCUCCAAGGCCAUGGCCGUGGCCAAGCAGGUGUUCAACAGCCUCACCGAGUACAUCCAGGGCCCCUGCACGGGGAACCAGCAGAGCCUGGCCCACAGCCGCCUCUGGGACGCCGUCGUCGGCUUCCUGCACGUCUUCGCUCACAUGAUGAAGAAACUGGCACAGGACUCGUCCCAGCUGGGGCUGCUGAAGGAGCUGCUGGACCUGCAGAAGGACAUGGUGGUGAUGCUGCUGUCCCUGCUCGAAGGGAACGUGGUGAACGGCACCAUCGCCCGGCAGAUGGUGGACAUGCUGGUGGAGUCCUCCAGCAACGUCACCAUGAUCCUCAAGUUCUUCGACAUGUUCCUGAAGCUGCGCGACAUCGUCUCGUCCGACGCCUUCCGCCACUUCGUCACCGACCCGCGCGGGCUCAUCUCCAAGAAGGACUUCCAGAAGGCCAUGGACAGCCAGAAGCAGUACGAGCCCGACGAGAUCCAGUUCCUGCUCUCGUGCUCCGAGGCCGACGAGAACGAGAUGAUCGACGUCGAGAGCUUCGCCCAGCGCUUCCAGGAGCCGGCGCGCGACAUCGGCUUCAACGUGGCCGUGCUGCUGACCAACCUGUCGGAGCACGUGCCGCACGACCAGCGCCUCAAGACCUUCCUGGAGCAGGCCGAGAGCAUCCUGGACUAUUUCCGCCCCUUCCUGGGGCGCAUCGAGAUCAUGGGGGCGGCGCGGCGCAUCGAGCGCAUCUACUUCGAGAUCAGCGGCGCCAACAAGGCGCAGUGGGAGAUGCCGCAGGUCAAGGAGUCCAAGCGGCAGUUCAUCUUCGACGUGGUCAACGAGGGCGGCGAGGCCGAGAAGAUGGAGCUCUUCGUCAACUUCUGCGAGGACACCAUCUUCGAGAUGCAGAUCGCCUCGCGCAUCUCCGAGGAGGAGGCGCCGCGCGACGAGGAGGAGGAGGAGGACGAGGACAGGGAGGAAGAGGAGCCCGGCGAGGCCCCGGCGGCGGCGCUGCUGCCGGGUUUGGGGGCGCUCCGGCGGAUUUUGGGCUCGCCCCAGACGUGGCGCCGCAAGAUCCGGAGGCUGCGCAAGAAGUCGGGGCGGGAGCUGGCGUGGGAGGCCGGCGUGGGCGUGGGCAGGGCGGCCUUGGGGGGCGUCCUGGGUGGGCUGGGGGUGCUGGGGGCCGUGGGGCGCCUGGCCUGGAGCUCCCUCUUUGGCGGGGGGCUGGUGGAGGGGGCGCAGCGCCUGGGCGUCAUCGAGGUGCUGGGCUCCAUGCCCGACCCCACGCAGGACGCGGUGGGCGGAGGGGAGGCCGCGCCCCCCGAGCCCGAGCAGCCCCCCGAGGCGCAGCUGGAGGCAGCACCCGCCGAGGGGGACGAGGAGGAGGAGGAGGAGGAGGAGGAAGAGGAGAGGAGGAGGAGGGAGGCGAAGGCGGCGGCGCCGGCGGGGCCGGGGGCGCGCAAGGAGCCCCAUUUCAGGCUGGCGGCUCCCGACGCGCCCGGGGGGCUCGGGGAUAUCGGGGAGCCCCCCGGCGCUGAGCCCCCCACGCCCGAGGGGACCCCCAUCCUGCGCAGGAAGAUCGGGGAGAUGGCGGAGCAGGUGGGGGAGGGGCAGAAGGAGGAGGAGCCCCCCCCGGCCGAGACCGAGAAAGCCGACACAGAGAACGGCGAGAAGGGCGGGGAGGGCCCCGAGGAGGGGCCGGAGCCCCGAGCCCCCUCCCCAAAAAGGCUGAAAUCGGUGCCCGGGGGGCGGCGCGAGACCCCCAGCGAGGGCGGCUUCGACUUCUGGGGGGAGCUGGAGGUGCAGAGGGUGAAAUUCCUGAAUUACCUGUCGAGGAAUUUCUACAACCUGCGCUUCCUGGCGCUGUUCCUGGCCUUCGCCAUCAACUUCAUCCUCCUCUUCUACAAGGUGUCCGAGCACCCCCCGGGCGCCCCGGAGGAGCCCGAGGGUUCCGGGGUGGCCCCCGAGGAGGACGGGGGGGUCCCAGGGGGCGCGGAGCCCCCCGGGGGGGUCCCCGAGGAGCCCGAGGUUUAUUAUUUCCUGGAGGAGAGCACGGGCUACAUGGGGCCGGCGCUGCGGGGGCUGGCGCUGGCGCACACGCUGGUGGCCUUCCUGUGCAUCAUCGGCUACAACUGCCUCAAGAUCCCCCUGGUGAUCUUUAAGCGCGAGAAGGAGGUGGCGCGGCGCCUCGAGUUCUCGGGGCUCUACAUCACCGAGCAGCCCGACGACGACGACGUCAAGGGACAGUGGGACCGCCUGGUGCUCAACGCCCAAUCCUUCCCCAGCAAUUACUGGGACAAGUUCAUCAAGAGGAAGGUGAUGGAGAAGUACGGGGACAUCUACGGGCGCGAGAGGAUCGCGGAGCUGCUGGGGCUGGACCUGGCCAGCCUGGAAGUGGGGGCGCAGGGCGAGCGCAGGGCGCCCCCCGACAGCUCCCUGCUCACCUGGAUCACGUCCAUCGACAUCCGCUACCAGAUCUGGAAAUUCGGGGUGAUUUUCACCGAUAACUCCUUCCUGUACCUCACCUGGUACAUGGCCAUGUCCCUGCUGGGCCACUACAACAACUUCUUCUUCGCCUCCCACCUGCUGGACAUCGCCAUGGGCGUCAAGACGCUGCGCACCAUCCUGUCCUCGGUCACGCACAACGGCAAGCAGCUGGUGAUGACGGUGGGGCUCCUGGCCGUCGUGGUUUACCUGUACACCGUGGUCGCCUUCAACUUCUUCCGCAAGUUCUACAACAAGAGCGAGGAUGAGGAUGAGCCCGACAUGAAGUGCGACGACAUGAUGACGUGUUACCUGUUCCACAUGUACGUGGGGGUCCGGGCCGGGGGCGGCAUCGGGGACGAGAUCGAGGACCCUGCCGGGGAUGACUACGAGCUCUACCGGGUGGUGUUCGACAUCACCUUCUUCUUCUUCGUCAUCGUCAUCCUCCUCGCCAUCAUCCAGGGUCUGAUCAUCGACGCCUUCGGGGAGCUGCGGGACCAGCAGGAGCAGGUGAAGGAGGACAUGGAGACAAAAUGUUUCAUCUGUGGCAUCGGGAGCGAUUAUUUCGACACGACCCCACACGGCUUCGAGACGCACACGCUGGAGGAGCACAACCUGGCCAACUACAUGUUCUUCCUGAUGUAUUUGAUCAACAAGGACGAGACGGAGCACACGGGGCAGGAAUCUUACGUGUGGAAGAUGUACCAGGAGCGCUGCUGGGAUUUCUUCCCGGCUGGGGAUUGCUUCAGAAAGCAAUACGAGGAUCAGCUGGGAUGAUGACCCCAAAAAAUCCCCCUCCCCAAAUUCCCCCUCCCCAAAAUUUCCUUCUCAAAGCCCCUUCCCCAAAUUCUCCUUCCCCAAAAUCCCCUUCAAGUGCCUUUGACGCCCCCUCCCCAAUAAACGCUGCUGAGUGUCACUGGCUCGUCACUGACCCCCCAAAACGCCCCACAAAGACCCCAGACCCUUUUCAAGUGCCUUCCCCCCCUCCCCAAAUAAACGCUGCCAAG